UGCCUUUCGAAGAACAAAUAUUAAAAUUAAUAUAAAUUCCCAUAUUAUUCUCAUGAAUCACGCGAUGGUAUUGAGUUUAUGGUGAUGUCGCUUUGUGGCCCCAUUUGGGCAAGAUUUCCCACUCCCACGACUCUGUUUUUGUUUGGAUCGUUUCUGUUGAUUAGCCGUAAAUUAACUCACAAAGCCCUCGUCUUUCUCGCUUCUCUCUGUCAAAUCCUUCGUCUUUGGUAUCAUCUGAGUUCGGUCUUCUCAAUUAGGUCUGUCCGAUUUCUCGGAUGAAACUUGUCGGAGUUUGUGUGUGAUCUGCUCAUACACAAAAAAACUCCUUUUUGUUUAUUGUUUUCUGAGUUCAUUGAGGCAAUUCUUCGAACGAGUAAAUGGCAUCAGUUGCUGAGAGCUCUUUCCCUCUGAUGUGUCAAAUCAAGAGUCAGCCUCGCGUCGCGUCGUCUACGCUGAGGAAUUCGAGUGUUGUCCGCAUUUCUUCUCCUGAUUUCGCUUCUGGGUCGCUGUCAUUUCGUGGCCGGAGCUUCGUCCUAGGACAUCGAUGGAAGUUUGCGAGGUGCGUGGAGGCUACGAGCCCAGAUUCCUCUGAACCUGCGAGUGGAGAUGAGCAGGAGGAUGCGCUUCAAGCUACCAUCGAGAAGAGCAAGAAGGUUCUUGAUAUGCAAAGGAACCUUCUUCAGCAGAUUGCUGAAAGGAGGAAGCUGGUCUCAUCUAUAAAAGAGAGCACACCUAACUUGGAUGAUGCAAAACCUUCUUCCAAAGAAGAGUAUGGUUCUUCUGUAAAUGCAAAUACUGACGCAACUAAGAAAGAGAAGGUGGAUGGAGACGGAAACGGUAGUGUUAGUUAUGGCAAGUCAUCUCUAGACAAAGAAACAGAAGCUAAGACUUUAUCUCCUGCUACUGGAUCACCGAAAAAGAGCAAACAAAGCUCAGCGUCUGUGGAAUCAUCCUCACCUGUAACCUCUCCUGAGAAGCCAUCCGUGGUAGCCACUAAUGCGAAGCCUUGGUCUAGCGUCGUAGCCUCCAGUCAAGAUCAUCCUUAUAAACCAUCUUCUACUAUGACCUCUUCUGAGAAAACUUCCCAUCCUGUAACUUCUCAUGGAAACCCGAGUAAAUCUCGCGCUGGUGCAUUUUGGUCAGACCCAUUACCGUCUUACCUGACUAAAACACCUGAAACAUCAAGUAUUAAGACAGAGGAGCACAUGGAAACAAAAGAGGAAAAAACACAUGCAGAAGCCAGCAGCGAUACUAAUGAAUCUGUGAGGGACGAACAGAAGCCGCCUCCACUGGCUGGAGCAAAUGUCAUGAAUGUGAUAUUGGUAGCAGCAGAGUGUGCUCCAUUUUCCAAAACAGGUGGUCUUGGAGAUGUAGCUGGGGCUUUGCCAAAGGCUUUGGCUCGGCGUGGACAUCGGGUUAUGGUUGUGGUUCCUCGGUAUGCAGAGUAUGCCGAAGCCAAAGAUGUAGGGAUACGAAGGAGAUAUAAGGUGGCUGGGCAGGAUAUGGAAGUAACGUACUUCCAUGCAUAUAUUGAUGGUGUGGAUUUUGUAUUCAUCGAUAGCCCUGUGUUUCGGCAUCUGAGUAAUAAUAUUUACGGUGGAAACCGACUUGAUAUCUUAAAGCGGAUGGUUUUAUUUUGCAAGGCCGCUGUUGAGGUUCCUUGGUACGUUCCUUGUGGAGGUGUGUGUUAUGGAGAUGGAAAUUUGGCUUUUAUAGCAAAUGAUUGGCACACUGCGUUGCUGCCUGUUUACCUGAAAGCCUAUUACCGGGAUCACGGAUUAAUGAAAUACACUCGAUCUGUUCUUGUAAUCCAUAACAUUGCUCACCAGGGCCGAGGACCAGUAGAUGAUUUCGCAUGCGUGGAUUUACCGAGCCACUACUUGGAUAGCUUCAAGCUGUAUGACCCUGUGGGAGGUGAGCACUUCAACAUUUUCGCGGCUGGUCUAAAAGCUGCGGAUAGAGUUCUCACUGUAAGCCAUGGAUACUCCUGGGAGGUCAAGACCUUAGAAGGAGGCUGGGGUCUGCAUAACAUCAUAAAUGAAAACGACUGGAAAUUUAGAGGAAUCGUGAAUGGUAUCGAUACGAAAGAAUGGAACCCGAAGUUUGAUCUUCACUUGCACUCUGACGAGUAUACAAACUAUUCCUUGGAGACUCUUCACAUUGGUAAACCCCAAUGUAAAGCUGCAUUGCAGAAAGAGCUCGGUUUGCCUGUUCGACCUGAUGUUCCUCUGAUCGGUUUUAUCGGAAGAUUGGAUCACCAGAAAGGUGUUGAUUUGAUAGCCGAGGCGGUUCCAUGGAUGAUGAGUCAGGAUGUUCAGCUGGUUAUGUUAGGCACAGGGAGACCGGAUCUUGAAGAAGUCCUCAGACAAAUGGAGCACCAAUACAGGGAUAAAGCACGUGGAUGGGUUGGUUUCUCGGUUAGAACCGCCCACAGAAUAACAGCUGGUGCAGACAUUCUGCUGAUGCCUUCGAGAUUCGAACCGUGCGGUCUAAACCAGCUUUACGCAAUGAACUAUGGAACCAUACCGGUGGUCCAUGCCGUGGGAGGGUUGAGGGACACGGUUCAACAGUUUGACCCGUAUAGUGAAACUGGUCUUGGAUGGACAUUUGAUAGCGCGGAAGCAGGUAAGUUGAUCCAUGCCUUGGGAAACUGUUUGUUGACGUAUAGAGAGUAUAAGGAGAGUUGGGAAGGGCUUCAGAGAAGAGGAAUGUCACAAGAUUUGAGUUGGGAUAACGCUGCAGAGAAGUACGAAGAAGUUCUUGUUGCUGCUAAGUAUCAAUGGUGAGUUAAUAAAAGCUCCUUUUUUUUGUUUGUUUGUUUACUGUCUAUAAAGAAUCUGUCUUUGGAGUUGUUAAGAUGCAUAGUUGUGUAGAUUGGAGCUCCUAGUGGUAAAGGAUCAACCUUUUAAUCUCUCUAUGGUGGUGAUAGAGUUGUUAAAGUAGAACAGAAUUUACAACUGCCAAAAAAAAAAAAAAAAGAACUUUUAAGAAAUCAAGAAGAUGGGAAUAAAACAGGCGAGGAAGUUCUAGAGAUUUUGCCACCACUGAAACUAAUGUUGUUGAGCUUGUGAUGACACCACUGGAGGUGAGAAGAUGAGACCAAAGACAUGUUUAAAACUCUAGACACAAGCUUUAAGUCUAUCGUUAGGAAUCUCAGUAGCAUAAAGUUUUCAUAUUUCUCAGUCUCAUCUUCUUCAACUUUAGAAGAUUUCUUCUUGAACCAUAUCUUCUUCUUGUUCCCUUGUAUCUCCUUCAACAGUUGUUCCUUCUUCGCCAGUCCAAAUGUUAAAAAGAUUUGUUUUUAGUUAAACCUCACAAAAGUUGGGAAAGUUAAAAAAGACUUUAAAGCUUACCUUUUGGAGCGAAUUUUUUAGUUGGAGAAAAAGCUUAAUGUCUCUAGGAUCUUCCAAUUCCAUAAGAGGAGAAUUCACAAAAGAUAUUUUAAGUCUUUCCCAAAUCAAAGGUGUGUUGAUGUCUACUUUGACAAAGUCAUAGAAGACUUCAAUGCAUCUCUCCAUUGCUUUCAACACCUCUUUCUUCUUUCUUUCUCUUUCUCCUUCACGAGGUCCCUUUCUACUAAUAUAUCCUAAAAGUCUUGGGACUUGAAAGAAGCUCAUGAGGUCAAAUCUUCUUUGAACAAAGCUCAAGACCCUUUUUCCUUCACACCUUUCAUCUUCCAAGAAUCUCUCUAAUAAAACCUGAAACUUCUGGAGUUCUUUAGAGAUAUCAUCGUUAUAGAACCCGCCUUUUGAAUCAUCGGAUUUUAAACUCUCUUUCAAUGUAAUGUACUGAUGCUGAAGAGCCUCCCAUGAUAAACAUGAUUGAGCAACAUAUACUAGCUCAAGAUCUUUCUCUAUACUUUGUUUUAGCCUCUUCUCUGCCGUUUUCCCCCAUAAGCUAAGACUACUUGCCGUUUCUUGGUUCAUGAUCACACCUAGUCCAUAGGUUCUGUCGUGGCUGAGUAUGUCAUACCAUCUCAUUCUUUCGCAAUAUUUCUUGUAUACCUCAUUAGUUUCACCAUCUUCAUCUCGAUGAGUUUGAUUUUCCAUCGCAAUCGAAUCUUGAAGAGCUGAAUCCAAGCUUGCGAUAGAUAAAGGAGAGGGAUGAUCUCCAUCGCUAUUGAGUGAAUUCAUAUCAUCACUAGCUACUAGAGAAGGUAGAUCAUUAUUCUCCACGUUUGAGCUUACAAUAUCUUCUUCUCCUUCUUCAUCACGAUUGACUAAAGAAUUUUCAUUUUCUUGAAAUAUUGGCAUAAACUCAAAACUCUUCUCCAUGUUCACAACAUCAAAAAUGUCAAUAUCCUGGUCCUCCUCGCCUUCUCUAGCAUCAAGAAUCUGAUCAACCACAUCUUCUUCAUCACAUUUAUAAAAAAAAUCAUCAUCUUCUACUUCAAGAAUUUGGCCUUCUUGCAGAGCUAGAAGUACUUUUGAUUGAGUAUCUACUUGAUCCUUAAACGAAAAGCUGAAGACAGGAACCGGAUUAUGAAUACUUCUAGAAAGCUCCAAGUUAACAAGUGUAUUCGUGGUCUCUUGCCUAGACUCAGUAAUACAUGUAACCUCCCUUCUAAUCCUAACCAUAAUGGCUCGGAGAAAACAACUAAAUAACUUAGAGAACGUGACCAAGACUGAUAAAAAGGCGUUGAAAAACGCUUGAAAGGGUAGCACAAGCCAUAAAAAGAAGAGAUAGAGCCAUAGAAGGAGUUGAAAAAGAAAGAGAACAAGAGGGUGCAUGUAUAAUUUCAUGUACGACCAUUUCAAGAAACCAUCUUGAAUCACUAUGGAUUCGAUCAUUAGCCAACAUGCUGAGAGUAAAGCCAUCAAAAUUUCAAAGGGAGGUCCGAGAGAGAGAGAGAGAGAGAGAGACUGUCUUUAUAAAGAAGAAAAAGAAGACAACGAUGAUGAAGAAGCUGCUGAGAAGGAGCCUUGUUGGAAUUUUUUCCCUCAGACUAAUCAUUUUUUGUUGGAAUUUUUUCCCUCAAGAUAAUGGCUUGACUCUUGAACAACUUUAUCUUUUUUUUUUGAUUAAGUGUUUCUUCCUUAUUGGUUUCAAACAUG